CGCGGGCCGAGCGCGCCCUGCGAGAUGAUUGGCUCAGCCGCGCGGAGGGCGGGCGCUUCCGCUUCCGGGCUGGCCGUUGCUAGGGGGCGGCGUUGCUAGGGGCGGCCUAGCGCCGCCAUGGCGGGGAGCCGCGUGCAGAAGGUCGGCAGCGUCUUCAGCCGGACCCGCGACCUGAUGCGCAUGGGGGUGCUGCGCCAGCCGCUGUGGUUCGAGGUUUACGCCGCCUGCCCGCCCCGCCGCGAGCCGCGGCACCGCCAGGCCCGGCCGCGCUACGGCCGCGCCAGGGACAGCGUCAGGGACAUCCUCUACCCCGAGGACGCCGUGCGAGCGAAAUUUUACAGAGUGUACGGAAGCGGGCCAAGACCUUUUGAUUUAUCGCAACCGAACUACAAAUCGACGUGCCAAAGGUUCGUUGAGAAGUACAAUGAAUUGAAAGAAGAAGGGAAAAUUGAAGAGGAAAAAUUGUUUGAAGAAACAGGAAAAGCCCUUUUAGCCAGUGGGAUAAUUUUGCAGAGAAGAGGAACAGAUAAAGUAACACAACAGAGUCACCAAGAUGCUGAGGCCAGGGAUUCUGUACUACAUCAGCAACUUCAAAGCGUGUUGGAGGAGAUGCAGGCAAAGAAGAAAGAUGUGGAGGAGCAGAAACCAGAACUGACAGAAGCACAGAAGGAGAGCCCCGUGUCCUAACAGCUGUAGCGUUGUCUUCUCACAUCGCGCAGGUGGCGUUCACCUGCUCAGGAACCUGUGUGCCCACAGCCUGUGGUUACGAGAUUUUUGAAUGUUGUCUCAACUUUUGAUGUGGAAAAUUAAAUGUUUUCUUUAAAAUGGGAAA